AUUAGCGUUGGGCGGAAACAAUAUUUCGCGCGAAAUUUCAAUCGGGUUCGUUUUUGUUGUUUCGCGGGAAACGUACACGGUUCUGAUGCUUACUUGCUGGUGAAGGAGUUGUUAACUUAUUUUGACAUUUUCAUAUUAUCAGAAACUUCCAUUUUAUACCAUUAAACGUUAUAGGGUGGUUUCCAGAUUGAUAAUAGCAUAAUGUCAUGUUUGAACUCUAAAGAAUGUGUUAGUAUGGACAAUGCCCAAGUCCAAGAUCGUCAUGACAAUCGCUUCAGUUCCAGCGCGAGGCCGAGAAAUCAACUUCGAGUGAGAGACCGAUACGAAGGGAAUGAAAGGGGCACAACGUCCCGUACCCACCCGGCUGGGUCGUCUGGCGGAGGAAGGCCAAGGUACAGAGCGGGUUCCAAUGAGAUGACAUCGUCGGGGAGGUCACAUCGUUUUCACAAUACCACAAAUAAAAAAAGGUCAACUGAGGAUUCUAGAAAUGAAAGACAUGAGAGGAAGGAAAAUAGAUGUGAUGUAAGAGAUGAUUCCAAGAGAAGUCGUCAUGCCAACCACAAGAGAUCAGAAAGGAGAAGCUAUCAUGAUGACCAAGAAAGAAAGGAUUCGCACCAAAACACAGAUCAGAGUGAACGGAGAUCUCACCGUUGGUCUAGUGACCGAACCAGAGGAUGGAACAAAGAUAUUAACAAGAAAUCAUCUUUUACUCUAGAUGAACAGGACUAUCCUUCACUAAGUAGUGAUGAUCAAAGUAACAACUGCACCCCUACAAGACUGCCACAUAAGUACCGUAGAGUUUCUGAAUCUAGUACGGACUGGGCCAUUCAGGUUGAGGAAUAUGAGGAGAAGGAAGCUCGUGCUAAGAGAGAUCUUCAUCAAUAUAGGAGAAGAUUAGAGCUAUGGUCUGGGUCUGGUUCAUGUAGCAGUGAAGAUCAGGAAAACAAAACUUCAAAGAGUGAGCCAGAGUUGGAGACAGAUCGAGAUGUCCUCAUUCGUAGGCAGAAGCAGAUUGACUUUGGCAAGAAUACAGCAGCUUAUGAUAACUACAUCACAACGGUCAAGAGGAGGAAUAGAAUGAAGGGUAAACAUCCCAUCACACCAAACAAAUUUCAGUUAACAAGCCGUCGUUCAUGGGACAAACAGAUCAAACUUUGGAGGAUCAAACUUCAUGAGUUUGACCCCCCUGAACUUAUGAGCAUCAAGACUGCAAAGGCCAAGCAAGCCAUGAUUUAUGAUGACAGUUCUUCUCAAGCUUCCUCAGAAUGUGAAGUGAAGAUGGAAAGUGAGUUGAUGAAUACAUCCAUGACAUCAAGUAUCAGUGAUUGUUAUCUAGCUAGCAAUGAAAGCAGUCAACGUUGUACACCAACCACAGAGAUUGAAGCAAUGGAGACAAGGGCUAGUACAGCCGAGUUCUAUCAAGAACUUGAAGAUGAUGAAGACAACACCUUGACUGGUUUCCCAGAUAGUAUGUCUUCUACCAUGGUUAAGAUUCCUACACCGAAUGCCACUCCAGCAGAACCAGACUCUUACCCCUCCUCACCACCACUCAACACUAAUGAUCUAGUAGCAGCCUUACAGAGGGUUGUAGUUACUCAGCAGUCAUACUUUCAGAAUAACACCAAUCCUCUAUGUUUAUCAUCCACAAUGCCAAACAACAAUACCUUCCAGGUUAUCGGUAGCAACAGCCUGACACAUCCUAAACCAUCCAUCUCGUUUCCUCCAAAGCAACCUCACAAGCCAAACAUAUUUGAUGAGUUUAAUCUGGAUGAAUGUUUCCUUAAAGAUGAAGAUCUUGUGCUAUAGAAUCCAUGUUACUCAUCUCUGAGGAUGAUGUGAUGCUAUGUAUAAAUUACAUGUGAUAUUUAUCCAAGACUUUUGAUUGUUUCAUGAACUAAAAUGAAAACAGAAAAGUAACAAAAGAAGCUGUCAACUUGCU